AGUCCGGUAGUCUGGUACUAUUGUUACUAUGCUCAACUGUCAAAUUUUCCUGAUCAAACUUCGUUCUCUCGCUCUGACUUAGUUCGAUCUCAGUUCUUCCUGCGCGGCUUAUUGAAGCAAAAUCAUAUUGAAUCAGUUCGAUAUCAGAGGUAUCCGGUCGUGUUGAUCCAGGCUUAGGGAUUGAGACUAGACUUUGAACAACAUGAAUUACCUUAUUGGCGCCUUCAAGCCAUCAUGUAGUAUUUCAAUCACAUUUGCUGAUGGGAAAACUCGCAAGCAGGUUCCUAUAAAGAAGGAAAAUGGUCAAUCAGUUAUGGCCCCACUUUUUCAAAGCCAAGAAAAUAUUGCCGGGAAGAUUUCUGUGGAACCAGUUCAAGGAAAGAAGGUCGAACACAAUGGUGUGAAAAUAGAGCUCCUCGGUCAAAUAGAGAUGUACUUCGACAGAGGAAACUUUUAUGACUUCACUUCUCUCGUUCGUGAAUUGGAAGUUCCUGGAGAAAUAUAUGAAAGGAAAACAUAUCCUUUCGAAUUUUCUACCGUUGAAAUGCCAUAUGAGACAUACAAUGGGGUGAAUGUGAGGCUCAGAUAUGUCCUGAAAGUGACUGUAAGUCGUGGUUAUGCUGGAAGCAUAAUUGAAUACCAGGACUUUGUGGUUUGUAACUAUUCCCCACUUCCACCAAUCAACAACGGCAUCAAGAUGGAAGUUGGAAUUGAAGAUUGCCUACACAUUGAGUUUGAGUAUAAUAAAAGCAAGUAUCAUCUAAAAGAUAUAAUCAUUGGGAAGAUAUAUUUCCUUCUUGUAAGAAUCAAGAUAAAAAAUAUGGACCUUGAAAUCAGACGUCGAGAAUCUACAGGAUCAGGGGCCAAUACUCAUGUUGAGACGGAGACACUCGCUAAAUAUGAGUUGAUGGAUGGUGCUCCAGUAAGGGGCGAAUCAAUACCAAUCAGGCUGUUUCUAAGUCCUUAUGAACUGACACCAACACAUGGCAACAUCAACAAUAAGUUCAGUGUAAAGUAUUAUUUAAACCUGGUUCUGGUUGAUGAGGAGGACCGCCGGUAUUUUAAGCAGCAGGAGAUUACAAUAUACAGGCAGCAAGAAACUUGUUGAUUUGAGCAUUGUAUAUGAUGUCAUUACUACAAGACAUUUGGAUGAUACAAGAUUAACUGCCUGUCUGCCUUAUGACACCUUGUAAAGCUUUGAAGUUUUUGGGAAUUUCUGGAGCUCUCAUAUAGAGGGCUGAAACUUUAUUGUAUACUUGCUUGGUCACAUCUUUGAUCAAGGUCAAUUUAGUUUGUGAUAAUUUGGUA